AUGUUCUAUGGAGGUCACUUGCUAGUUCUGUUAUCUGUGCUGUUCUUCUUAGUUGGAGGAUACGCCGUUCUCUUCAGCGCAUUUCUUCCUCUUUCUGGCAUAACGUUACUCGAUACGUUGUCACAAGAUACUCACUACAAGUACUUUGCCGUACUCAUUGUUCCGAUGGGUGUAUACUUCGUCAUCGCGAACUGGGUCGGAUGGCAAUACUAUCGCAAUUCGUGA